CCUGGGAAAGAGGUCAAACCCGCGAAAAUUUGAGCGCAAAAUUGACAGGAUUGUUUGUGACUUAAGCUGUGUGUGCCGGCAAAAGUUAAAAUUUUUCCCCCAAGAAAACAGCUGAAUCGAUUUAAUUUUUGACACGAUGAUGGCAAGGAUGAACUCAGUUGAUAACUCUUCAUUGGCAAAACCGGGCCAGAUUCAGGUUAUCUUUGGUCCGAUGUUCUCAGGAAAAACGACUGAACUACUACGUCGCAUCAAACGUUUUGAAAUUGCCAACUAUUCCUGUCUAGUCAUCAAAUAUGCAAAAGACGACCGAUAUGACAAGGAGGGCGUGGCCACACAUGACAGACAAGUGACCAAAGCAGUAUCGACAGAGAGACUGUAUGAUCUGAUUGACAGGACAGAAGACCAGGAUGUCAUUGGCAUUGAUGAGGGACAAUUUUUCCCCGACUGCGUACAGUUUGCCGAGGAAAUGGCCAACCAAGGCAAGAUAGUGGUUGUGGCUGCAUUAGAUGGGACAUUCCAGAGGAAGGGUUUUGGUGACAUUUUAAACCUGGUCCCGAUAGCGGAAAACGUGAUCAAGUUGAAUGCAGUCUGCAUGGUGUGUUAUCAGGAAGCAUCUUACACUAAACGGAUGGGUGCCGAAACACAGGUCGAAGUCAUCGGGGGAGCAGACAAAUACAUGGCUGUGUGCCGUGAGUGCUUCAACAAACCAGCACACUCGUCCCUGCUUCCAGAAGAGAACGGCAACUCUAUCCAGACCCCGACCUGUGAGGGCGCUGUCUCCACCUCCAAAGCCCACGGGCGAAAACUGUUUCAAAGUCCGAAAAAAAUUGCUGUCGCUCAGCAAAGCUAACUUAUAUUUUUUUUCUAAAAUAGAGAAUAAUAUGUACUUAUUACUGAAUUUUAAUUGAAUUGAAGGCUGCAUGGAAGCAUUGAGGACAAACUGGUGCUAGGCACUAGAUUUUAUAAUCCUUUAAAAAAAAAAAAUUCUAAACAUUUCUUCAGGUUGGUGAAAAUAUUUGUAAACCUUUCCGAGCAAUGUUCAAUACUGUCAAGUAAAUGCCAAGAAAAAAAAACACCUCUACUUUUGAGAUUUGUAUGUAAUUGGCGGUUAACAAAUUUCAAUGCAUUUUUAACAGAUCAGUAAAAGAUCCAAAUGAAGAUUUAUAACUGUAAUAUCAAAAUACCUUUUUUUUUAAUUAUGCAAUGCCUUUUUGUGGUUUUUUUUUUUUUAUAAUCAAUGUCUACCUCUGGCAGUCCUGUGCAGGGUGUUUACAUGAAUGUUCCAUUUUCUGCUGCUAAAUGUACUUCGUAAAGGCAUGGGGACUAUCAUAACUAGGGCAGAAUUACCGUUUGGCAUAUUCUCAGGGUUAAUUGCAUGCGUGCAUUUGUAAUAUUCGUGUCCAGGCUCAUUCAAACUUGUACGAAGUAAACAUGAAUUUCUGACGUUACGUAACAUCGCACUGUGAAAUUGCUAAAGUUCAACACGUUUGAACUCGUGGCAAAUUAGGUGAUGAAUGUUUACGAUGUCAAAUUCACUUUGCAUUUGCGUGAAGUAUGAAGCGGCCUUAACAGUUCACUCCUGCUUAAGCACGGACAAUAUUAGCUUAGUAAAAUGGCUAACUGCCAAAAACGUCAAGUGAUGUAUAUUAUUGCUCUAAGCUUUUUUUUUUUUUUUUUGGUUUGGUUUUAUUUACAUACAUCUCGUGACCUGAUGGCCAAAUUACAUGUAUGCUACAAAGCUGAUUACUCUUAGCCAAUAAUGUUACUAAGCAGUCUCUAAUUGGAGCUUAGCCUAACCGUGAAAUUAGGCCCAAUUGUCAUAUGAAUGUGUGGGACUCUAUGGCCUAUCAAUGCCGGAAAAGAUGCAUGCUGUGUUGAAUGGAUCACGUUUGUAUGAAGUAUGAAAUGCCUUCAUCUAUUAACUAAGAUCUUCACAUCCCAUUACAUGUAACUCAAUCUCAGUGAUUCAAAUCUUAUUCAUCAAAUGAUCUGAUGUUUUUUUCAAAUUCAGAAGUCAAUGUUGAAUUUUUUUCGACACCUGAACAGAUUUCCUCAGGACAGGCUGUUCUCUUUCAAAUUCACCUACUUUUGAAAAUUUUUAAGUUUGACUGCGAAUAAAUUUUUAUGUAUUUUUAAGAAAAUUUUUAAGUUUGACUCCGAAUGAAUUUUUAUGUAAUUUUUUUUUUCAAAUCCUUUCUUUUCCUCAUUUUGAAUUUUAAUGUGUUUUGUUGCUGUAGUUAUCUGUUGUAAGUUCAAGUUGUACAUACGCAUAGUUUGGGUAGAUCUCGAUAUUAUACAUGUAUUGUGAUAAGUUUUUACUAUAUUAGUUUUGGUGUACAAAAACAAAUAAAGUAAUUGUAAUCUUUGAUAA